AUGUCGGCGGAUCUCUGGAUAUCUGAUAUCCAUUCUCUAGGGCAGCAGGACGCGGUGGACAUUCUUGCGCGUAUAGCACGCGUCGAGAAGAAGACCUUCCCUUCUAGCGAGGCGUGGGACUUCGGUGCCGAUCUAUGGAGGAAGAAGCCUAACACUCGAGUUCUAUACGCGACGAAUGCACCGCCUUUGUCUGGAUCAGGGAACCCUCCUGUGCUGAUCGCCUAUGCGCUCUAUGUGCGGCAGAAGGGAACGGCCCUGCUGCACAAGGUCUGCGUCGCAGAGCCGUACCGUGGACAAGGAGUCGGACAGAAGCUGAUGAACUACAUCAGUGAGCGGCUUCGACGAGAGGGCUGUCAGUACAUCCAGUUGUGGGUCGACAAGGCCAGGGCGCCUGCACGAGCGUUGUACGCUCGUUCUGGCUUUCAAGAGCGUGAAGCGAUCGACGACUACUAUGCGCCUGGCCGCACCGGAAUAAGGAUGGUGCUCGAUCUUGAACAUGAUAAUAUGGCUCUUCUGAUCAGCUUUCUUGCACUUAUAUUGGCUGCGAAUGCGGUUCCUGCGCCGAACUGGCCGAUCAACUCUCAGUUACCACCUGUCGCUCGAGUGUCAAAGCCUUUCGAGUUCGUCUUUUCGGAAGGCACCUUCAGUGACAGCUCUAACAUGACAUAUUCGUUAUCCAAUGCGCCCUCAUGGCUGAAAAUAGACAGCAGCAGCCGUAAGCUAUAUGGGACUCCUGCGUCUGGCGACGCCAAUUCUCUCCAGUUUGAUCUCGUGGCUUCCGAUGAUUCGGGCUCCGCUCAUAUGACCACGACUCUGGUGGUAUCGGCGGAGGAGGGACCGACAGUUGGAAAGGCAAUCCUUCCGCAGCUCGCGAAAGUCGGACCUACUUCUAGUCCUUCUACGCUCUAUAUGUACCCCGGUCGAUCGUUCUCGUUCUCCUUCGCAUCGGACACUUUUCUCAAUACGCAGUACACGACCAUCUACUACGCAACAUCCACGGGCAACUCCCCUCUUCCAUCCUGGAUUGGAUUCAACGCAGCGAACCUUAACUUCUCAGGAACCAGUCCUUCGUCUCCCUCCUCGGGGCCCCAGACAUUCACAUUUAACCUCAUAGCGUCUGACGUUCCUGGAUUCAGCGGAGCCGCUGUCAGUUUUCAGAUCGUGGUGGGAUCGCAUAUACUGGCCUUCAAAGAGGAUGAAGUCGUGCUCAAUUUCACCCAAGGGCAGCCAUUCAGUACGACACAAUUUUUAGACAUCUUGACCCUUGAUGGCAAAGAGCCCACUUUGAGUGACAUUGCCAGCAUCAAGGUCGAUGGCCCGGAUUGGCUGCACCUGGACAACAAUACCAUUUCCCUAGCCGGGACGGCGCCUCAAAAUGCGGGGGACGAGAAUGCGACUAUUUCUGUGACGGAUAUUUACCAGGAUGUUGCAACUCUCGUGGUGAAUUUGAAAGUCUCGCAGCUGUUCGCGGAAGGUGUUGACAACUGCAAUGCCACCAUCGGCCAGGAAUUCUCGUAUGUCUUUGCAGAGACGUUGCUCGACCCAUCAGCCACUCUCACCGUCGAUCUUGGACAAGCUUCCGCUUGGGCGAACUAUGAUCCUGCUACCAGAACUCUCUCUGGGAAGAUCCCUGACAACAUGAAGCCGCAAACAGUCUCCAUAAAACUCAUUGCCACCAGAGGCUCGACAACGGAAACGCGCAACCUAAAUAUCAUUAUCACUAAGAAGGGCUCUAAUGAUACCGACGAGAACUCAACGGGAUCGGGAGGUGGGAUACAUGAGAAGGCUGGCUUAAUCGCGAUUGCUGUGGUUAUCCCGGUGGUUGUCCUUAUCAGCUUGGCCAUCGUCCUUUGCUGUUGGAUCCGUAGGCGCAGAGCAGCUAAGCCCAAGGACGAUCAGGAGGCAAAAGAGAAAAUGAAUAUCUCGAGACCCAAGAUACCCGAGCUUCCAUGUGGGAAGAUGUCAGAAGACCAGCAGCCACUCGAAAGAGCGGAUACUGGCCAAGCCUCUCCGACACAUUCUGACCCUCCUCAACUCGACUUGGGGCCACUUUGGGAGGUGGAUUCGCUGCAACGAGACAAUAGUGGCAAAGUGGUAGACGAUGAAGCUCGUGCCUCUCGAUCCAUGGCUGAUUGGGGCUUUGGGCCCUCGACAAGCGCAGGAGCGAACGAAGAGAAGCAACAGGAUAGUUCAGCCAACAAUGAUGCGAAGCGUGGUUCUCAAAGGAACUCACCUCUGAGGCGCAGCACUACGAACUAUUCCCGGAAAAGGGAGCCACUCAAGACCAUUCAGCCGCGAUCUUUCAAGCGAGACUCGACACUUUCCGCUAAGUCGAAACGAUAUUCACGACGCUCCAGCGGUAUCCCAUCUGUUGCCUCUGGACUUCCGGUCAGACUCAGCGGUGCUGGACAUGGAGCGGGCGGGGUCGGGCCUCCUGGACAUGGUGUCGUAAGAAUCUCAUGGCAGAACACGCAAGCAUCGUUUCAGAGUGAUGAUACUGGCAUCGAGAAUAUAGCACCACUCUUCCCUCGACCGCCUCAGCACAGGCACAGUUAUUCCUCGAGACCAUACGACUACCCCAAGCGUCUCAGCCUGAGGCCUGUUGACCCGAGCAGCUCGACUCUCUCUGAAAGUGAGUCACUCGAAGCAUUUAUCCAUGGCCGUGCCAAGAGCAGAAACUCUGCGAGCCCGAUGUUCUCAGCCCGUCUGAAUAGUAAAACCUCAUCUGGCCUGCGAGCACUUGAGAAAGCCCGGAGGACGCCAAGCGGCGCGGAGACAGCUGGCUCGAUCUCGAUAUACGCGGACGAGGCCCGACAGUCUCCCCCACGGCCUGUCUCGACGGCGAUGUCGGGGUCGGUCUACACUGAUGAUGUUCGGCAUUCCGUCCAGAUACGGCCGUUGUCUCAGAUAUCGAAUGCGCAGAAACGAGGUAGUCAACCAAACUUUGCUAAAAAGUACAGUGAGAUCGUUGCACCUCUUCCUCGCUUUUGGAGUCAGGGCAGUCUGGCGAGUAAGGGCCGACAGGAGUCCGGAGACUCCCUGACGGGCUCAGAAGACUACCACGAUCUCAUCGACGAGCGCGAAGAGCCUGACGGUCAGCGCUGGUGGUACAAGGUAAAUCCUGUUACGCAUGCCCGGACAGCCUCUGCGGAUGCACCAGAGAGGGUAGAUACAGCAAACGACGAACGUGCAGCAGAAGCGGAUCCGAUCAAGAGUCGGGUACGGCGCAUGAGCCUCAUACGGACGGGCGGACGUGGGCGCGAUAGCAGUCCUGGCAGCCGUAGUGACCGACUAUGGAGGUUGGCGGAGAACGAGGAACGACGACCAGUCAGUAUCGAGGACACCAGCAGUAUUGAUCGAACGAUUACGGGGAGUAUGCGGGGCGAUUUGGCAUUUGUAUGAGUAUCAGGCGGAGGAAAUAAAACAUUGGCCGGUGUGGUGGGAGCAUCCUUGAUCUUUUUUCUUCCUGUCUUUGAUUGGCAUUAUUGAACUGUUGGCCUGGUCCCUUUCUCGGUUGACCGCUAUUUUCCCCUUUGCGUUUGGUUUCUUUGGUUUUGGACAGUUAUCAGGCCCUAGAGGC